CUGGUUGACUCUCCACGGUUCUCAUGGCUUGACUCUCUCCGGUUCUCAUGUGACGGUUAAGUACUGUAUCUCAAGCGAGCUGACUCAAAGUCAGCAUUUUUGUGUUCGACAGCAAGCAACCUAGAAAAUGGCAGAAGUCGCUCCAGCUCCCGCCGCCCCGGCGAAAAGCAGCACCAAGAAGAAGGCGGCGUCCAAGCCCAAACCGCCGGGACCCAGCGCCUCUGAACUCAUCCUCGAAGCUGUGGCCGCGUCCAAAGAGCGCAAUGGCGUCUCACUGGCCGCUCUCAAGAAAUACCUGGCUAGCAAAGGCUACGACGUAGAGAAGAACAAAGCUCGCCUCAAGACUCUCAUCAAAAGCAUGGUGGCUAAGGGGGUCCUUGUCCAGACCAAGGGCACCGGCGCCUCCGGCUCCUUUAAGAUGAACAAGAAGCCUGAUGCCAAGACUCCGAAAGCGAAAGCACCCGCUAAGGCGAAGCAGACUUCCGCCAAACCUAAGAAAGCUGCUGCUGCUGCUGCUAAGAAGCCCGCAGGGAGCAAGAAGCCCAAAACUACCGCGGCCAAGGCCACCGUCAAGAAAGCUUCCAAGAAGUCCGUGUCGUCAAAGAAAACUAAGAAGCCGGUCAAAAGCACCAAGAAGGUGGGGACCCCCAAAAAAGCCGCCCCCGCGGCUAAGAAGCCGGUCGCCGCCAAGAAGGCCACCGCCAAGAAGGCUUCCAAGCCCAAAACGGCAAAGAAAGCUGCAGCCAAGAAGAAGUGAAGUGCUUCAGCACAGCGUCACAUAAAAAGGCUCUUUUAAGAGCCACCACCUCUCAUAAAGAGCAUUCCAAUUCAUUGACGUCCGAUUCAUAUAUAAAUGUUUGAACAUUUACCAACUUUAAAUGAAAAAAUUUUGGAGGUAUAUUCCAUGUUACAUGAGGUGACUUUGUUCAAAACGUGUGUAAAGUUAUUUUUUUUAGACGUGUAACAGGUGUUUAUAUGUACACAAGUUAAUUACUACACUUAUUACACAUGUUAGAAAUUACUUCCUCUCACAUCAAAAUAAUUGGAAGUAUAAUAUGAAUAUGAAAGUUUGGUUGUCUUCGCAUGAGAUUCUGCAUUGUUUUAGUGAUUUAUUGUGUUCACUGUUUGGGUUAAUCGUUUCUUGUCUUAACUGUGAUGUCUAUUUUUUACUUUUAUGAUUAGCACUUUGUUUGCAGCCUGUGGUUGUUUUAAAAGUGCUCUGUAAAUAAAAUUGAGUGUAUUUUUGAGACCUUUGUUGAGAAAUCAGUUUCAUUUUUUUAAUAUGACAAAAUCACCCCGAUAAUAACUUUAAUCGUACUAAAUAUGACACGUUUAUGAAUUCGGUUUUCAAGCAACACCUUUUCUGAACACAAAAUACGGUCAACCUCAAAAUAAUGGCUGUGUUGAUUGAUACAC